AUGCUGCAACUGCAGCGUGCUUCUGUCGAUUUCUCGGCGACAAAGCAGAAAGCCGUUGACGACGCGAAGAGGGCGCAGGUAUCCAUUGCUAAGCUAUGCGCCGCUGCUGGCGAACAUCCACCGCCGUACGUGCUAUCAGAGCUUAUCGGCAAGGGAAGCUUUGGCCGUGUGUAUAAGGCUACGGGCUCAGCGCCAGGUCAAGUCGUCGCCGUCAAAAUUAUCAGCAUUGAGGAAGGAGACUCGCUAGAGCCAGGUGCGGCAGAUACAUUGAGCGAUAUUCUCAAAGAGGUAUAUACCUUGAAGCGACUGAGAAACAGCGGAGCGAAAAAUAUCAACGCAGUCAUCGACACUCUGCUCGUCGGACACUCAGUAUGGAUGAUCACGGAGUAUUGCGCCGGUGGUAGUGUAGCGUCACUCAUGCGACCGACUGGCGGGCUUCCUGAGAAAUGGAUCGUCCCGAUUCUUCGCGAGGUCGCCGAGGCAAUCUAUUGGGUCCAUCAGGAAGGCAUCAUUCACCGCGAUAUCAAAUGUGCCAAUGUCCUCGUCACCGAGCUCGGGGGAGUCCAGCUUUGCGACUUCGGCGUGGCGGGAAUCAUUGAGACGCGGUUCGAUAAGAGAAGAACAGUGACAGGGACGUUGCAAUGGAUGGCUCCUGAAUUAUUCGACACCACUGUGUCGUACGGCAUGGAGGUUGAUAUUUGGGCUUUCGGAUCUUUGGCGUAUGAGGUUGCCUCCGGAUUACCACCAAACGCAACCACAAGGAUCGAUAUUCCUCGCUUCGGCUCCUAUUUAAAACAGAACUGUCCUCGUUUGGAGGGUGAUCACUACUCAUCCCAGCUCAAGGAUCUCGUUGCUUACUGCAUGGUCGAGGAUCCAAAAUUACGACCUCACAUACAACAAAUACAGACACACCCGUACAUCUACAACACAAGUGAGAAAUACCCGGCUGCUUCACUCUCUAGGCUUGUGAGCGCCUACAAGGCUUGGGAGGCACAGGGAGGCAGCAGACAAUCCUUAUUCUCGGCGGGUGGUGCUCAAGGACCUCCAAACGAUCUGUCUUUCAACCCGAACGAUGAAUGGGUUUUCCAUGACAAUAGCGGCUUAGACCAGUCUGGACUCGACGAUGCAGAAACCAUAUACGAAGUCGACGGCCCUGAGCUCAGUGUUCACCAGUUGCCUCUAUUGCACCCUCAUCGUCGUCGUCGCCUGCUACCGAAUAUGAAAGCGUUCAAAGCCCCAUUGGAGAAGCUUUUCGAUCCUCAUACCAUCUCUAACUACGCCGACCACGCUCGUGCUGUCUACACAAGAACAACCUUAUCCGACCUACCCCUUCGGAACGACGACUCAGCGCACUUAACUGUUCGCGAAUCAUUAAUCGACCUUGAUGCAUCGUGGAUCGAUUCCGCGCCGGCGCAGGUCAAUGACCUUCAUACAAUCAAGGUCAGACCGCGUUCCGCUGACGCGACAGAUGUAAAUCGCCGAACUCAGGAUUGGACUUUUCCCGCGGUUUUCCCAGCCUCUGCAAGGCUGGAUAUGUCGUCCUCCGAUUCAAGUUUUUCAGACACAAGCACAAUCAAGAAGGUUGAUUGGAGCGAACCGGAUAACUCUACGAAACGCCGGACGCAAGACUGGGUCUUUCCGGGCUUUGUACCCCCCGCCGAAAUUCAAACCCUGUCGUGUGGCACGGAUGGCACCUAUAUACCCACUGAAUUUAGUCGAAUGUCCGCCCUGAGUCUGAUCGAUCUUGACGCUAGCAUUGCGCCGGCAUCUAUGGACCGCCCUUCUACUGCAGUUUCGGAUGCUACCUCGAGUGGUUCAGAAAAUGCUCAUACACCCUUUGAAUUUGAAUCGCACGCAAAUGGACCAGAGGGUGCCGCAACAGACCGAGAGCCGUCGAUAUAUGUGUCUGAUAGUGAUGGUUCCCGUCAUGAGCUAUCCAUAGACGUGCCCGACGGCAUCGAUGUAUCUUGCCCACAAAGUGUACAAUCGAAUGAUCCCAGCGCCAUGCCGGAUAACACUGGUCAGGCUUCUAGUGUACCAUCUGUGAACCAGGAGAGGACGCGAUCAAUUGAGCCUCCAGAAAUCCUUCCACAAGCACCAUAUCCAGUUUCGCAGAACGUGAUGCAAGGAAUUAGCUCACCGGAUGAGGUCAAAGAUGAGCCACGUCGAAUGAUUUCUUGUUUGGGGGAACAUCUUCAGGCUGCGAAUGAUUUCAUGGGAGCACUGCCUGUGGGCGUGUAA